AUGGGAAUGUUCAAGAUCAUUGGAAGAACAACACUUGCAACGGGAUUCUUUGCGGCAGGGUUUGCCAUGUGCGCACAUACAUGGCCUCCUUCCACGGACAGAGAGCCUAGUCAGAUGUCUGCUCGUAAUAGAGAGACUUUGGCACUUUUAAACCGAGUACAGAAGUCCGAGAUAUUCCAGAAGUUGAUUAAUGACAGUAAUUACACAAUGCUAAUGUCAUCAGAUUUGAUUCCAGAAGCACACAGAGUGAACCAUGUGGGGUUAGGUCUCAUGAACUCCCCUAAGCAUUUGGCUGUGGGUAGUCUUGUGUUCAUCAAUACUACAGCAGGUAAGAUGUAUGCAUUUGAAAAAUUGGAUUCAAAUUUGGUAGGCACUGACGGAAAGAUUCACAAUGGAGUUGUGUCUACGUUGAUGGAUGAAUCGCUUUGUUUCUGUGGAUUUCCUCAACUACCAUCCAAACGAGGUGUCACUGCUCGUCUCAGUAUCAACUAUCAUGUUAAGAUUCAGCCCAACUCCAUGGUAAUGCUUGUGGCCAAAGUUACAGAGUCCCAUGGCCGGAAAUGUGUCAUCAAAGGACACAUCGAAACAUUUCCCGAUACCGAUGACGAUCAUCAGGCUGAAAGGAUUGCCGAUGGCGAAUGCAUUCUUGUUCAACCCAAAUGGUUCAAGUAUUUCAACUGGGUAAGGUUAUUUGAAUAUUGA